CCUUCAACAAGCAUGCAACGAGUAACUCAAAUGUACUCCCGUUCGUUUCUGCCACCCACCUUGUAUCGGCCAUCGCCAGUCACAAGUUGCCCACCACGUGUGCUACUAAAUGAUCAAUGCAUUACCCCAACAUUACCCAGGGUUGACUUCGAAAACAAAGUACAGGUGAACUGAUAUCGAUUCUAUGGCACAGGCUAGCAGAUAUUAAUAUCUAAAAAUAUGUUUAUCGGCGUGGUCACUGGUGAUCUUAGAAUUCGCAUAAAACAUGGACCUGAUUCUUACCUUGCCUCUACUUGUCGCGGCCCGGAUUUACAACAUGACUCGCAAGGCUUUCAGUCGCUCCGACUCUUUGCCUGAUCUUUACGAGGCUUCAAUCGCGGAACUCCAACAUGGCCUGGUCGAAGGACACUUCAAUAGUGUUCAGCUUGUGAAGGCCUACCUGAGCAGAAUUGAAGAAGUUAAUUUGAAAGGCCCUGCAUUACAUGCAAUCAUCGAGACCAAUCCAAAAGUCUUAUCGCAAGCUGCUGCCCUUGACGAGGAACGUAAAUUAAAAGGCAGCCGUGGGCCGUUGCACGGGAUACCUUUGCUGUUGAAAGAUAACAUUGCUACGCUGCAUGAGGAAGGGAUGGAUACGACUGCAGGUUCCUACGCCCUGCUGGGUUCUGUUGUUCCUCGAGACUCGUUUGCUGCAGCGAAAUUACGUGAAGCCGGAGCUAUAUUCAUAGGCAAAGCGAACCUCUCCGAGUGGGCUGGUAUGAGGGGAAAGGUUCCCUGUGGAUUCUCGGGGCGUGGAGGGCAAACCCUUUGUCCCUACUACCCGAAUACCAAUCCACUUGGUUCGAGCUCCGGAAGUGGCGUUGCGAUGGCUGUUGGUCUAGCAGCCGGGUCUCUUGGCUCAGAAACCAAUGGCUCUAUUGUUUCCCCGAGCAGCAGGAACAAUAUCGUGGGCAUCAAACCAACUAUUGGGCUGGUAUCUCGUUCAGGCGUGGUACCCAUCUCUUCCCAUCAAGAUACUGCUGGCCCGAUGUGUCGCUCUGUCACUGAUGCUGCCUUGUUGUUAAACUUCAUUGCUGGACCCGAUCCUCGAGAUGACGCUACUUUGCAUCAGCCCGCAAUAAUCCCAGACUACAUGAAAGCGCUUGACAAAAAUGCCCUCAAAGGCGCUCGUCUUGGAGUGCCUAGGUCCUUCAUCCGCGAUGUCAAGACACUUGAAGAUACAUUCAAUUCAUCUCUUGACAUUUUACGGGCCCUGGGUGCGGAAAUCGUUGACCCUGCAAAUUUCCCAGCCACAGAAGAACUAUUAACGUCGAAAGCGGAGGAACUGGUGUCGAGUGUGGAUUUCAAAAUUGGUGUCAACAAGUACAUCUCUGAAUUGGUCGAAGUCCCCACAGGCGUGAAGGCACUUGCUGAUCUGAUAGAAUUCAACAAGACUCAUGCGGAUCAGGAGCUUCCAGCGCCAUUUUAUACAGAUCAAUCCCAAUUCAUCGAAUCGGAAGCUACACAGGUUGAUGACGCCUACUUCGCAGCACUAGCGGAGGAUUUCGACUUGGGGCGCACGAGAGGAAUUGACGCCGCCCUAACCCAGUUCAAUCUCGAUGCCAUAAUUUUACCGACCGAUGCCAUGGCGUCCCAACCCGCGGCAAUUGCAGGAUAUCCGUUGAUUUCAGUGCCCCUCGGCUUUCAGCCAGAUGACGUCGAAGUACUGCCUGCGGUGCCAUCUCCACUUCAUACUCAAGCCCCGGGUGUUCCUUUUGGAAUCGCUUUUAUGGGCACUGCGUAUAGCGAAUUCAAGCUCAUCGGCUAUGCCUAUGCGUUUGAGCAAGCUACCCACGUUAGGCUUCAGAGAAGGGCAUAUGACGAUGCGAUUCCUAAGACCCAGUUAACAGAUAUUAUGCUUUAGUGAGAGUGGUUUGUGGGUUACGCACAGGGAAUAAGCCAGUAUGCACAUAUGAUAUAUUGCCUCGAAUCGAUU